GCCUGUUUCUCGAAAUGUUUGGUCAAUUGCAAGAAGAAAACAAGCGAAUUGAAGACAUUGUCUCAACUGGAACGCAAUAUCUUCAUCGUCUUCUUCCGUCUCCAGUCAAUCAGAAGCAGCUCUGCUCCAUUGGCAUCGUCAGAGAUUACCCAUGGCCGCUCUUCUUCUUCACUCCUCUUCGGCUACGAGCGUUCUGUUUGGAGAAAUGGGGAAAUUAAAGGGACGGAAUCAUCAUUCCAUUUUAUCAUCCGACAAACCUGUGCGUGGUAACUUUCUUCGUCUCCGCUGCAACAAUCCUACAAAUGGCAUCUCUGCAUUUUUCUUCAAUCCAGUUGAGGAUCCCGUUCUCAAAGAAGCUCUUAAGGAGCCAGUGGCCUUUGCAGGUGGGCUAUUUGCUGGACUUCUAAGGCUUGAUUUAAACGAAGAUCCAUUAAAGGAAUGGGUUAAGAAGACGGUGGAAUCAGCUGGACUCACGGAAGAAAUUGAUACUCAAGGAUCUGUACAAGAGGAUGGUCCAACCGAGAUCGAGAUCGAAUAAUCCCAUCAAUAUGGACCUAACCUCCUACAGUUUGUUCUUAUUUAUUCCAAUAAUAUAUACCGAUGGAAAAGUGGGGAUGAAAUGAUAUUAAAUUUGAUUUAGUAUUACUACAGCUCCCUUGAUUUCAAACAAGAAGUGAAUUUCAAUUAGGAGUUGACCAUUUUUCGUA